UGCGAAAGAUAUCCGCAAUAGACUGAAACAGAUACUUCCGGAAUAAAUCGUUUUAAAAAAUCAUCACAAUGACAUUAUUUGGUCAAAACACAUCAUUUGGAGGGACAAGCUCUGUGUUUGGUGCUACAUCUACUGCACAGUCUGCCAAUUACAACCCUAUGAAAGAUGUUGAAGUAACCUCACCACCUGAUGAUAGCGUCAGUUCACUUGCCUUCAGUCCCGCCAGUUGUCCAUCUACAUUUCUUGUUGCCGGGAGCUGGGAUAAUAAUGCAAGAUGUUGGGAGGUGCAAGCAAAUGGUAAUACAACCCCUAAGGCCCAACAGACACACACAGGCCCAGUGUUAGAUAUAUGCUGGAGUGAUGAUGGCACUAAGGUCUUUACAGCUUCAGCAGACAAACAGGCAAAAAUGUGGGAUCUCAAUACAAACCAGGCGGUUCAAAUAGCUCAGCAUGAUGCUCCUAUAAAGACAAUACACUGGGUGAAGGCACCUAACUACACAUGUGUCAUGACAGGAAGUUGGGACAAAACGUUAAAGUUUUGGGAUACAAGGUCACCUAAUCCUAUGAUGUCAAUAGAUUUACCAGAGAGGGCCUACUGUGCUGAUGUUCUAUAUCCAAUGGCAGUUGUAGGCACAGCUAAUAGACAGCUUGUUAUCUACCAGCUAGAGAAUCAACCAUCACAGUUUAAAGUCAUAGAUUCCCCCCUGAAAUAUCAGCAUCGAUGUGUCAGUAUAUUCAAUGACAAGAAGAACAACAGUCCAGUUGGUUUUGCACUAGGGAGUAUAGAAGGAAGGGUGGCCAUUCACUAUGUUAAUCCUACCAAUCCUAAAGACAAUUUCACAUUCAAAUGCCACAGAUCCAAUGGUUCAACUGCAGGAGUACAAGAUAUUUAUGCUGUCAAUGAUAUAGCCUUUCAUCCAGUACAUGGCACUUUAUCAACUGUUGGAUCUGAUGGCAGAUUCAGCUUCUGGGACAAAGAUGCAAGGACAAAACUUAAGACGUCGGAACAAGUAGAUCAGCCAAUCAGUGCUUGUGCUUUCAAUGCUCAAGGCCAGAUAUUUGCAUACACGUCAAGUUAUGAUUGGUCUAAGGGACAUGAAGGAUUUGAUCCACAGAAAAUGAAGCCAAGAAUAUUCCUACGCUCAUGUUACGAUGAACUUAAGCCUAGCAAGAAGAAAUGAAAUGCGGCCGAGGCCCGUACUGAUUUGGAUCUAGAGACGGGCCGACCAAGCCCAUCGAGGCAACGUCACAAUAGCAACUGACCAGUCUCGGCCCGAUUCUAUCUCUGGUACCAAACCCAGUCACAUUCUAUUCUUCUCAUUUUUAAAUCUGGCCACUUUUCCUGUAUCAGAUGCAAAUUAGGAAAUGUGCAGAACUUGACUGAAUACAAUAGGGUUGUUCAAAAAAUUUUGUACAAAGAUCUCUAAUUAUAAAAAUAAUGGACCAAUCUUGUUAGUUGGUACAUACAUGCCUUACUCCAUUACGCUGUCAAGGUUUCAAGUAUAUAUGUUUAUUUCUUAAUAGUUAAGGGUUGCUAUGUCUUUAGGAACUGAAUGGAAUGCCACAAGUAAUG